GUGUUUCUCCCACGUUUCAUCUCGCGUUCCUUUUCCACCACACUGACAGAACAAUGUUGGGGAUAGAAGAAGAGAAUGCGCCUAUCGAUGAUGAAGGUACAUCAAAGGACUUUUGGAAAGGAGAAAAUGGGCCCUUGCUCGCAGACGCGAAAGGUACCGAGCGCAUCGGAUCGCACCUUGGGUGCUUGAUGGCGGACUUGAUUCCCCUGCAGGCGUGCAGAAAGGAGGUCUGAGGGUAUGGCCCCCCUAUGGGGGGAUAAAACUGAUGGUAUGCCUGUGGGCGGAUCCUCGACGUUUAGACGUGAGCAUACGACUCGCUUGCAUGCUGUCUCAUACCGGCUGGCGUUCGUGCAUUUUGCUCUGGGAGAUGAAUUUAUCGACUACUGUGUAAUAGUCGGCGGGUGGAUCUAACUGCCAAUGCUGCGCAGCGUGACUGCCUGAGGGUACGGCUCUGGUAUGGAGAAAAAUCGACGCUCCGUUUCCGUCGUGGUUCCAAAGCGAUUCACGAUGGAAUCUGGAGUUAGUCUCGUACUACUGGGUUCAUGGCAUCAUGUCGUAUCCUCGUCGUUUCGAUGUGCUAUUUUUCACGGCACCUCUCCAUAUUGUGAGAAAAAUUGACGCUACGUUUCUGUUCGUGCUUCCGAUGCGAUUCACGAAGGAUUCUGGAGUUAGUCUCGUUCUACUGGAUUCAUGGCUUCCCUACUCCUGUAUCCGUUUUCCUUUCAUAAGAAUAGUCUUACUGACCUCGCUCUUUUUCCGUUUUGUUGUUCUCCUCUAUGCUUCCUACUGCUUCCGGCGUAGUGAACAAUCGACCAGCACAGAUGCACUAUCUGGCAAGGAUCGUCCACUACAACCAAAGCUACAACCAAAGUUUUUCCACCAAAAACUAUCUACAAAAGUUCAAGUGUGAGAAUCAAGGGCCCGAAGCGGCGCUAACGGAUCUCACUGCUUCCGCCGAAAUGCUGCACAAGAUCUUUGCAAAAGAUCGUUUCUGCAGCCAAAAGAAACGUGAGCGGAUGAAGGCUAUUGUGGACCAAAUCCUGCGAUUCAAAAAGGGCACCGACAUUGCUUGGAAUGAGUACUGGUAAAAAGUCCAACGCAAGGCCGCGCACAAGAGCGUACUGAAGAAGCAAGUAAGAAAGCGACAUGAGAUCUUAGGAGAGGAGCUGGUUUUGGAAGAUUAUGUCGAACAAGUCCGGAAGCGCCGCAGAAGAGAAAGUAGUCUGGCAGUUUCAAUCGUAACCUGAUCGACAACAUACUGCGGCGCUGGAUACACUGGAAGCGUCCGCUAGGCCUACGGACCCUUUUGCUACCGAUGUGCGACCUAUGAGACAUGAUCCAAAACAUGGUGCAAACCAGGGUCUCCUAUUUUCUUUUUUUAUAUAUAUGCAUUUUAUCGGGAUUUGUGUGUGGUAUUUCUCUGGCUUUCUAUUAGUAUAAUAGAUCUUUGAUUGACCAACACGCAUUUACAAUCUUUGUACAUAAUGGGGCAUGUACCACUCGGUUACUGCUACUCAC